AUGGUGUUAGAAGUAAGUUAUUCUACUAGAACUACUUUUAACAUCAAAAACGGAACUCUGAAAACAACUUAUAAUGAUAAUGGAUAUCAAGUUGUAUUUAAAGUUGAUGGAACUCAGGUUAAUGUUCCCGGAACUUCAACUAACGGCAAGGCAUCAAAUGGAAAUUGUAACAUCGUUACAACCUUAUCAUUGAUUUCAUUAAAUAUGUUUGUAAAUGUAGGAUUUACAGUUUCUUGUACAGAUCAAGCAAAUCAUACAAUUGGAAUCGCCGUACAUGCUGAUAUUUCAAUUGGCAAUGUAGAUUCAGCUCCGAUUACGAAUAUAGAAGGUGACAGAGGCUUUAUUAUGUCCGAUGGAACAAAUUCGGUAAACAUGUUGUUAAGAGAUAGCUAUGGUUCAAUUAACGUAGAUACGUAUUGGUAUGGAGGAUAUAGUUCAAGAACAUCAAAUUUAUGGAAAAAUGGUACACAAAGUAGUCCAACAUAUUACGAUCUUAAAGGUGUUGAUAGUGGUAUGGCAUUUUCUUGGGACAAUAGGCUUUGUCAGCCUGGCGAAACUUUAAGAUUCUCCCUCACAUCAGGUAUUGGUAAAAUUAUGAAGCCACCUGAGCUGAAAAUGACUAAAAUUCCAAAAGAUAAGUACCAAAUGAAUCCUGACUUACAAAUCCCUAUUGCUGGAACUGUUUAUCAUCCAGAUGCAGAUCGUACAUGCAUUGUUCGUUACUAUAUUGAUGUUGGAGAAGAAAUAGAACUUGCAUCUGGCCUGGACGUAGGUCAGAAAACUGUUUCGUUCAGUGGAUAUGUCCAAAUUCCUAUUUUAUCAGGUGGAUAUCAUACAAUGUUCUUUUAUGCUCAAGAUAAUAAAGGUAUUCCUUCAAAUGCGGUCAAUGUAAGGUUCUAUUAUGAUCCAUUCCCACGUACUGUUAAAAAAGCAAAGAAGAAAUCAGUAAAUUCCUUGGCACAAAUCGCUGGACUUUAUAGUCUUGCAAAUGAAGCUUAA